UUCUCCAGACCACGCAAGGCAGGGAAGUUGAAGAGGAGCGCAAUGUCAGCCGCGGUGAGGGAGAGAACGACAUCGCACACCAGUAGAAAGAUCGUGAGUCAUGGUGGUCCUAUAUCUGGCCAGAGCCAAACAACCACGGCCAACAGCCUCGAAAACAACUUAGAUGCUCUUCUUGAGGACUUGCAAACAAGUGUCUCAAGAAGUGCCACCCCGAGUCGCGGUGGCAGGGCACUCUCGCCUCAAGUGGAGUAUCGUGUAGCUGCAAAUCCAACCAAGGUGGUCUCUGAAGCCAGAGGCAUUUCACCAACUCGAACGAUGACAACCACCACUGAAAAGUACGUGACCACUGGGCUGAGUGGUGCACCGAGUGGUAUACCUGGCUUGGACUUUAUCGAUUCAGAAUUGCAAAAUGUAAGUUGCACAUAUAACGUUUGCUUCGGCUUUACUCAUUUCUUUAUACGCGUGUACCUCUCUAUCUAAAAAUGAAAAUGUCCCUGUUUUAACAAGCCUGAAUGUUGAUUAACUGCAUUUUUUAGAAACAUUUCCGAAUUUUUGAGAAAUUCAAAAUUCCAGCAAUUUGGUAGAUCAAGCAAAUUUCUACGUAGAUUCUAUUUAUACUCAUAAAAGAUAUAAAAUUGCAAAAGACAGGUCUGAUCUAGUUAUUUUGGUUCAAUGAAACUCGCUAAAUGACUCGUUAUUAUGCUGCUUUUUAUCUCUGUUUCAAAUAAAAUUCACCAUUGGCUUAAUUACAUUGUACAGUCAGAAUUAUUAAUGCGUAUAUUGUUCUGUUUGCUUUUAUCCGAGUGAAACGCAGAAAACUAACGUGACACAAAAAAAUCGCUUUGAAAACGUUUGGACUGGCAUACAACCACUGUAAUUUCAGUGUCUACUUUUUUACACGUUCUUUUGUUGAAACCUAACAGUUCCAAUUAUAUGUCAAAGAGAUUGCAUCGGUCGAGAUUUGCCUCGAGGUGGUAUACUGUUUGCACGGAUCCAUAUCUACGUACUUAAUAUACAGGCGCACGAUGUAUCAGAAUGAUCAUAGCAUGCAGUGAGAUCAGUCUUUAUACUCGAAAGUACCGUAGUCUUCAUGGUUACCAUCAGAAAAUCCGACUCGACAUUCAACCAAAAUAAAUCGGCCUGAUAUACGAUCUCAUACUACUCGAAUACUGAACUUGAAAUUAGAACUCAGAACUAGAUCACCUUAUAUUUCAAAUCUAACAUCUAAGUAUUACUCGAUUGACUUAGCUACUUACUUCAAAUAUAUUUCUUACUAAUCAAUAUUGUUUUUAAUGUUAUUUUUGAUAUUCACGCUUCCACGUGAAGUCUUGUCCACAAAAUCUUUAAGUAAACACAGUAGUUUUUCAAAGCUUCAGCUCUGAUGAUUUUCUUGGAUUUGCCUGAAAGGUUUCUUCUAUGGAUGCUACAACUUCUUCACUAACACGUGGCUUACCAGACUGUGACUUAUUAUUGACAGAACUUGUUUCUUGAAAUUUUUUCAUCCAAUAUGUGAAUAUAGAAUUCCUUGGUGCUUCUUUCUUGUAUUGGGUUCUAAACCUUCUUUGGACAGCAACGAUAGCUUCUCAGCCAACCAAAGAACACAAUUUACUUGUUCUUCUAUAAAGACAAAAAAAAAGAACUAGAUACAUCAAGCUUUCUAAUUCCUUUUGCAGAUUUUUUUUCUAUCGCAUAUACUCACAAAGUUAGAACAAUUUCAGAUUUUAUAGACACUAUAUUGCAUUAUAUUAUAUUUCAUAAAUACUAUAAAUUUAUAAUAUCAUAUACAUCUGCUACAUAAUAAUACAAUAAUUGACAUACGUAGCUAUUAUAUAUCUAUAUAGAUAAUACAAAGUUGUAAAUAUGGUAAAUGAACAUUCUAACAAAUCAGAAGCUUAUUCAAUGUUUUCACUUACCCUGUUUAAAUUUUCAUCAUUCUUUGGACAGCAACGAUAGAUUCUCAGCCAACCAAAGAAUACAAUUUACUCUUUCUUCUAGUGAAGCCAUGGUCAUUCUAUACAGACAAAACAAAAACUAGAUACAUCAAGCUUUCUAAAUCCUUUUGUAGAUUUUUUUCUAUCGCAUGUGCUCACAAAGUUGGAACAAUUUCAGAUUUUAUAGACACUAUAUUGUAUUAUAUUAUGAUACAAUAUCAAAAGAUUUUUAACGAUUUGUUAGAAUAUUCAUCUACUAUAUUUACAAUUGUGUAACAAAAAAUUAUAUUUCGUAAAUACUGUAAAUUUAUAAUAUCAUAUACAUCUGCCACAUAAUAAUACAAUAAUUGACAUACAUAGCUAUUAUAUAUCUAUAUAGAUAAUACAAAGUUGUAAAUAUGGUAAAUGAACAUUAUAACUCUAAUCAGAAGCUUAUUCAAUGUUUUCACUUACCCUGUUUAAAUUUUCAUCAUUCACAAUUUAAAUGAAGGACACAAAUGACUCGAGAACCAUGGCGAAUUUAACAAAAAAGAUAUGCAAGAGACACUUCAUCCAUCAUCACGCGAGACGCAUCAUUCAUACAUGCAAACGAGUUGAAGAAAAGAGCCUUACCCCUCGGAAGAUAAUCUGAAAUCUCGAGAAUGAUGGAUCAUCGAUACAAUUAUGCUGGCUAGAGCAGACCUCUAAAUUCCAUUCAGCUCACAAUACUUUGAUGCGAUCGCAUCGAUAGCGUCUGUGGCCGAGAAGUAAGAUGGUCGGCUGCUUCUUACCGGGAAUGCGGUAUCAUAAAUCUGGCAUCUCGCGAGAUACAUCAUGCAUUAGAAGAUCAUGCAAAAUCGCUGUCCAGAGCUACGGGUCUAGGGUAAUUGCGGCAUUUCCUUAGCUGGUCAGCCCGUAAUCUGAACAUUCAAUGAAAACGUUGAUUUGUUACACGUGCAAUUUAUCGCGCGCAUCUUACGCUCGCGCGGAUAAAACGCUUUCAACCCUUAAGGUACGCAAGAACACCGCCUAUUCACAUUUGCAUACGAAAUAACAGCAUCUCAACUAUGAAAACGCUAAAUCCAUGGCAAGUCGUUCGCGUAGAAUUUACAUUCCAGUUCAGCUUUAAUUGGAUAUCGGCUGUGUUCGCAGGAACGUUCAAACGUUAUACGUGUUGAUCUACAUGUACGUACGUAGAUCGACACCGUUUUUGAAGAUCAGUUUUCAUUAUCACAGAGUUAAAGUGGAAUCGCUCAGUUCGCAAAUGACGAAAAAUCUGAAUUCGCGUUAGGAAAUUGUUGUUUUCACAUGAAAUAUUCAAUCGUAGAAACACGAAGAUUAAGAAGGAUUAAAAAAUAGAUAUUUUAAGAAUGUGGGAACGAAUUGUUCAAAAGCGUGUACAGAAAACACUGCAAAGGAAUGUUUCAAAAUAUUUCGAUUCAUCAAUUUCAUGAGUUUAUUCCAUUAAAAAGAUUCUUCUUUCGAACACUCUGUGUUAGAAAUUAAAUUCAAUAAAAAAUUAUUGUUGCCAUUAUUCUCGAAUGUUCGUAAUCAUUACUUAAUACGUUGAGAAGAGAUUCGAAACCUCGUCCCGAUGAAAUAUUCAUUAUCUCGUCUCUGAGAGUACUGAAAAUUCCAAGUGACUCGACACACUGUUACCGAUCCCACCAACGCGUUUUAUGUGGGAUUUUCGUUACAGUUAUCAGCUUAAAAGGAGAGUCACUUGAAGACGACCCACAUGUUUUGCAAUAAACACACUACAAUUAUUCAUCGAGCUACGUUAGUACGUUCAUUAAUAUUGGAGCGCUUGUGGGAAGAUUACGAAACAAAAUUAUUAGAAAUUUAACGAAAAUCUCGAGAUUAUUAAUUUAUUUAGAAUCUCACGAUAAGAAGAACUUAUUUCAAAUUCUAUUAAAAAUGUCAUUAAUGAUCGAUAGUUUCCGAAAGUUUUCAGCAAAUUCGUCCAAACAUCCUGAUUUUUAAAACUGCUUUUUCGUAAAAAAGUAAUGUUAUUCGUAUAAUUUGAUGCGACAUAUAUGUCAAAAUAGUUUGUAAUUAAAUUUAAUUCCCUAUAAAAUUAACUUACGUUUCCGUAUUUUAUGGUAUGAAGGUAGAUCAUGAAUAAUGUCAUAUGAUGUAGAAUAUUAUUCUUAAGCGAACGACUGUAUGGCGAGAAAAUGUAACACGACCUGUGUGGCGGGAUAUCGUAUUAUCACUCCAAUCAAUUUUUUUAAAGAUUGAAAUUUCGAGUAUAUAACUUUUUAACAUAGAACUUACAUUCUUGUUUUUGUAUUUAAUUUAUCCAUGCAUUAAACAUUAAAAUUUUAAAAAAUCUUUAACUAAUCAUCUCUUUAAAUUAUUCAUUAAAAUAAUACUUAGAUUUAAACACUCUAAAUUGGAAAAUUUUUAAUAAUAAUAAUUUAAAAUAAUAAUAAUGACAAAAAUAUGAAUUUCACAAUAAUAUCAUGCUAAUACAUACUUUCAAGUCAAGUUUCUCUUAAACUAAAACUAGAUAUAAAUUAUUUUUAUAACUUUAAAUGCAUCAAAAUGAUUGCUUAUAUCUAUCAAAAUCUGAUAGAUAUAAGAUCGUUAAUCGUAAGAAAUAAUAUAAUAUAAAAAGAGUUGUAAGUGUUUUUGUUUACAACAAUGUUUGAUAAAAUUUUUAUUUCUGUUUUAGGUGCAGCCUGGUCAAAGCAAAACGAUCGCUUACAAACAGGUGUCGUAUCAAUAUAACAAGAAUCUCGAUGGUAAACCAAUUGGUAAGUUUAUAUUAAUACUUCUAGCUCUGACUUUCAAAAUUAUUUAAUCAAUUUUUCGACAAAUAAAAUAUAUAAAAAAACCUUGGAACUAUUUAAGAAUUCACGACUGUAAACCAGAUAACAAUUCAAUCGAAAAUUAUAUUUAUUGCUUAACUUCAAAAUUAAACGUUAAAUUUUGGAUAAGGAGUGUAUGUCCCUUUUCAAUGAUUAUUAGUCAGCAAUUGAAAGAUAUAGAAUUAUCAGUUUUUGCACUUUUGUAGAAAUUAUCAACAGUCUCCUAAUUAAACGUGUACUACUUCGUAUCAUUCUGGUAAAUUUUCUAUUAACUAUUGAAGAACAU